GUGUCUGAAACUUGCCUGCGCUCUGGCAUUGGCCAGGAAGGGUUGUGUAGGUGGCCUGGUUGGCCGAGAAGUUUUGGAGGGGGCGGGAUUGCGGCAAAUGGCAGCAGCGGUACAAAGGACAAGUUUCCACUUCUCUCCAGCGCUGCAAAUGAAUGGAGCCCAGCGCCUGGUUGUAUUAUCUGUCUUAAAACAGCGCUGUGUAAUGACAACGGAAAUUACAACAGUUCAAUGGAGCUACUACAACUUGAGUAACUUGUGUUCCUCAUCCACGCUGCAGUGAGCGUUUACAAGGGAAAGCCUGAUCGGGUAAGCAAGAUGACAAGCUUUUGUUUAAAGAUGCAAGAUCUGAGUGAAAGUUUGAAUACGGCUGACAGGAAUGUAAAAUGUGAAGAUGCAGAUUUCGACCAAAAAGAAAAUACAUUUUUGGAACCACAUAAAAAAGCAAUAAAAACUCCGCUGAAGCAACAAUCCUCUACCUCACAUUCAUUAUUGGGAGGGAUCAGGCCAGACAUGGGUGCCAUGACCACUCCAACAAAGCUUCAUGAAAUCCCUGUUGGAGAGCCAUGGACCCCCACUGCUAAUUUGAAAAUGUUAAUCAGUGCUGCUAGUCCCGAGAUUAGGAGCAGGGAAAAGAAGAGGGAAUUGCUUGUGGACGAAGACCAUACUUCAGAGGCAGUUGAGAAUUUACAGAAUCCGUUAUCUGGAGAAGAAUUUCAUCCGAGUCGUAAAGAGAAGAGCCUAGGAUUGUUGUGCUAUAGGUUCUUGGCACGGUAUCCUGACUAUCCAAAUUCUGCCGUGAACAAUGACAUUUGUUUGGAUGAAGUUGCAGCAGAACUGAAUGUUGAACGUCGGCGUAUUUAUGAUAUUGUAAAUGUUCUGGAAAGCUUGCAUAUGGUCAGUCGCCUUGCCAAGAACCGAUACACAUGGCAUGGUCGCCAUAACCUCGCUCACACACUGGGAACUUUGAAAACUGUCGGCGAAGAUCAAAAAUAUGCAGAACAAAUGUUGCACAUUAAGACGAAAGGAUAUGAACUGCAUGAGGCUUAUGUGAAAGAGCCACUCCGUGAACAAAAUUCAGAUAGCACAAGUGACGUGAAGCAGAAAGAGAUGUACUUUGUGGAACUACCUGGAAUGGAGUUUAGAGCAGCUUCAGUAAAUGGGCGUAAGGACAAAUCCCUGAGAGUUAUGAGUCAGAAAUUUGUCAUGUUGUUCCUGGUAUCAAAGCCCCGCGUGGUCAGUCUUGACACUGCUGCAAAAAUCCUAAUUGGUGAUGAUCAGAAGGUGGAUUUGGAUCAUAGCAAAUUUAAGACUAAAAUAAGACGACUCUACGAUAUAGCCAAUGUCCUCACCAGCCUUGAACUGAUAAAGAAGGUGCACAUAACAGAGGUGAGAGGACGGAAGCCAGCAUUUAAAUGGAUUGGACCAGAGGCAUUUCCAGAUAUAAAUGAUGUAAAGCCUAUUACACCGACUACCUCCGCUGAAAAUAAUACUUCAUUACCUAAGAUUUCAAAAGAAACCUUUGCCAAGAAUCUUUUCCCUGCCUCCACCACCAAGCAGAGUUUCACUCGACAUGCUUCCUUAAACCACAUAAUGCCAAACAUGGAGAAUGAUCAGAGGAGGAUCAACUCUGCACCCAGCAGUCCCAUUGGAAAAGUCUACGGUCAUUGGGAGAAACCUGGAAUAUAUCCCAGUAAAAUGGACCAACUUGCCACAAUCUGUAAACUACAGUUGGAGGCACAAUCCAACAAGAACGCCGCUCAAUCCACAACCUCGCCAACAAAACCAACUUCAUCGCAAGAGAAGACAAAACCUGAGAAGCCCCCUGGACUAGUAGAUCCAACUCUAUGUUCUGGAGUUAAUUCUGUAUUCCCUCAGGUUAAACCAACAUUUCAGCCUCUCGGAGUCUUCCCUUUGAUGCACAGACAGUAUUCUUCGGUUUUACCCGUGAUGAUACCUCAAUGCCACUCCGGUGGAUCUUACACAAUUUAUUUCCAACCUCCACCACCAAGGAACCUGACCGCACCUUCUGGCUUCACGGUAUCCCUCGCCGCUGACAAACAAAUUUCAAGUCCAAAUGAUUCACAGCCACGACUGCACGCCAGUAAAAGGACUGCUGAGAUGUGUACAACUGCAUCAGCCACAGAUUACAAGGACCAAAGUAGCAAAGCAGCCAAACAUGAUCCUGUCCCUGACCAGUGCCUGAAACAAUUUACCACACACGACCUUAGCGAAGUUUGGAAUUUUAAACAUUUCAAGGAAGCGCCUAGUAAAGAGAGCCAGCCAGCAAAGGAAACUGUUUCAUUGAGGGAUCAUUCAGCGAAUAAAGAUCAUCUUUUUGAGAUUCAUCAAGCAAGGCUGAAGACUCGCAGAGCUUUGAUGGCAAACAGGGCAUCACCAAGGGCCCUCCAUCUUGACCCAGAGUUCAUCAAUGCUCCAGAGGACAAGACUCUGGGUUCGGAAAAACUCGAGCACAGUGUUGAAUGCUUCCUUGAGAAUGAAGAGCAGUGUCGGAUUGUAUUAUCAGAAGGACAAACCACCACGGUCAAAAGUGUUCCAGUGGCAAUUUCCUUUCCUGCACAUCUCCGUUCAGUGCCUGAGACUGUAAUGUCAACAGGAUAUCUCAUCCCAUUGCCACAGCAAUCAUCGUACAGUAAUUCAAGUGACAGAUCUCCUGAAAUGAAAGACAAUUCUGUGGCCUCACCAGAACAUCAGCUUUAUCAUUCUCCAUUAUCAGGGAUUGCACCAAUAAUGACUUCGGACUUCUCUCCAGCUGCCACUCAUAUCACCCCUUUGAAAGUGCCUUAUGCCGUGGCUGUUCCUUCUUCAGUAGCCUCCCUUCCUGUCGUGAGCCAAGCUAACAUAUCAUCAUUUGUUUCUUCAAGUCAUCGUUUCCCGAGUCACAGCCCCAGCCCGGGAAUCUUGAAUUUCACACUGCAGAAUCUGGGUUUAAUCAAUCCAGGAAUGCACUUUUCAGUGAGUCGUGGACCGUCAAUGAUGACUGCCUCGCCAGAGCAAGCGGCUUCCCUCGCAGUACGCACAAAUCUUCAACAAGGAAAGAUGAUCUUUGUUAAACCAGUGUCUCCUCAUCACCAUCCCAUAGCAUUGUUCAGUUUACCACAGCCUGGUGUGCCAGCCACUGCUGAAGAUGCUCAAUCCAUCAGUCGGGAGAACUUUUUCCGUACUCCGGGACGUCCAUCAGCUUCUAUCCUGUCGUCAUUAUCUACUGUUGUCUCUAAUGGUAGCAGCAACCGCCCUCAAGGGAGUGUGCAUCUUCCUCAACGGAAGCUCAAAGUCUGCACUGAAGAUUUCCAAUUACUUUGAAGCAUCCGCUAUAUUCAAAACAGUCUGUGAAAUUCUCACUGCAUUACUAGGUUCAGAAAAAAAUCUGAGUAGAUUCUAAAUGUGUAACGCAUAAUUUGCGUUUAAUUCUAUUUUUUUAUAUACGUGUUACCUGCCAGUGCAUAUUGCUCUAAAGAAUUGUAUUUGAAGAGAAGUUUACAUUGUACCAAUGUGACUGUUAACAAAUGCCAUAGUUAACAAAACUGAUCUUCUGCCUACGCAGAAUAAAACCACAGUGAUAGAGUAAUAUGUUUAAACAUGGCAAAAAAAUUACAAGGACCAUUCACUUUGCACACAAGGCAUGAGAGACAUAUUAGGAUGAAUACCAUCCUACCUUGAAAUUGGCUGAUUGUGCCAGAAUCUAAGUGGUAUAACCAUUUGCACACAUGAGCUAUAAACCUAGUGGAUUCCAUGAACGUCAACCAUUGGUUUUGAUGUGUGUGUGUGUAUAUAUAGUACUGAGCCACCUCCUCCAUUGAGAACACUAGCCGUUCAUUGUUACUACACAAAGCUGUCAGUAGAAAACAAGAUGACACAGAACAUCCAUUUGGAGGAGAAAAAAAUGUAUGGCUGUAUUUGACAAAAUGUGAUCAUUCAUAGGAGAAAAGACACAAGUACUGUAACCUGUACAUAGCGCUAUAUUUAUAUUACAUUGAAGCAUUAAUUUUAAAUGGAAUUAAAUUUCAAAUUGGUAUACUUAUACAAUUGUCUCUUGUAAAACCAGUCUGAGCAGGUACUGUGAACUGUAGUUUGUAACGAUUUGUCACGAAUAACAAUUAAAUCUUAAAAUGUAGAACUCCAAGAAGAUGACAAGUAAUCUUUGUGUUAGUUCAAUCAAGAUUCUGUCUUAAUUAUUUGAAAUUUAUUUAUAUUCUUGUAUGCUGUUCUGUACUGUGACAGUUUCAGAAUAAAUCUGUACAGUUUUUAAUAA